CAAGUGUUCAUGGAGGUGAAAUGAUCGGAACUGUCUCUCACUUUAUUGAUUCAAAAGCAGUUAAUUGGGAAAAACAGGAAAAUAUUGAUUAUUGGAGGCUCGGUGGAUUUAAUUAUUCAUUCAUGGGUCACACAUACAUUAAUCUGAUAGGGAUAUGCGCAGAAGCUGUCCGAUUGUAUCCCACAUUACAUCACUGCCGUGAUGUCUGAAGGUAUCCAAAUGAGGGGAAAAUUUUCCUAUGGACAGUAUUAUAUCUAUUAAUACUGAAAUAGUAAUGGAAUAAAAAAAAUGGAUAAAACACUACUUUGCAUGAGGGCAAUGGAACUUCGCCGUUUUCGUGGAGUUGAGGAGUAGUGAUAUUUAAUACAUCUAGUGGAGGAUAUAUAUACUUGAAAAAUGUAUUCCAGUGGUGAUAUUUCGGGGCCAUCUGACAGGAAGCCACCUGAAAAGAAACGAUCCUUCCUGCAGCAGCCAAAAUCAUUCAUUUCGAGAUUACCUGCCCCUUCCACAACAUACAGUCAGCCUGUACAGUCGGCGAGAGUAGAGGCUGAAACUCCAAAGACACAGCCGAUACCAAUACCCCAGACUUCUCCGGGUCAGAAUACAGCACCAGACCCUGUUGAACCCCAAGAAUUCUUUAUAGGGGAUAGAGUUACAAUCAGUGGUGUGAAAACUGGGACAUUACUAUAUUUCGGUAAUUUCCACCUUGCUCCAGGGUUAUGGUGCGGUAUUGCGAUAGAUGAACCCGAUGGUACACAUGAUGGACUUGUUGGUGAUGUGAGAUAUUUUACGUGUCGGAAGGGUCAUGGAAUUUUCGCUCCAGUUGAAAGAGUAGCUCAUUUGGAUCAUAGAGCAAUUCAGGCAAUUGUAAAGUCUCCACCCAAGGUUUCCCAGCUUCCAAGUAAGAGUAAACUGUGUCAUGUCAGUCCGAUAAGAGAUGAGAUAAGUUAUCAUAACAGAUCUAAUGAAUUUAUAGAUGAAUGUGAUGAUGUAGAUGAGGAUAUACUUGGACUGGAUGAACAUGGUAUUAUACAUGAUGAAGAUGACGAAAUAAUUCUAAGAGAAAAAGACAGGCCUAAGAGAAUACUACCAAAAUUACCACGACCUGCCUCACAUGCUUAUUCAAGGUUACAGUAUGUUAGAAGGGACUUAGUGAGUAGUAAAAGUAUUGAAGAAAAUAUUACGGACGAGGCUCUAGAAAGCCUUCAUACUGUUUCCUCAGAUGGUGAAGACACUGAUGGAACAGGAUCAAACAUUGAUGAAAAAAUUGAAUUACAACAUUCUGCUGGUGGAAGUUCAGGAGGGGAAGAUUCUUGGAGUUUAAAUAAAGACUAUAUAGCUAUGUGUGACGGUAAAGCACAAUAUCUAAAUAUUACUUUUGACGGCGAAUCUGAAAGUAAAACAUCAACCCAAGAGCCUUCUGAAGAAUCGCCGUCGCCAGAAUUUAUCUUUGACCAGGAGAUGAUAGAAGAUGGAGAAUUUGCAUCACAACCUAUGGAGAUGAGUAGGGAUUCUAGUCUCGGACUUAUUUCAAGUUUUGCACUUGACAAGAAUGAUUUACUAAAUGAGAUAUUUGGUAAUGAAGAUGAGGAAGAGUUAGCUACCUCACAGGGUACAUUAGAACCAAUGUCAGAAGACAAAGACAUUACACCAGAAAAGCAAGAUGAUUUGAACAUGUCAGUUGAAUUUGAUGAAUCAGAUUUAGCCGUGUCAACACCGUAUACAGAAAAUAAACCACAGCUGAGAAGUACCCGCGUUAAUCUUAAUGCAACAUAUACGCAAGAUGAUAUUGUUCCUAGUCAAGUACCUGAAAAUAAGUGCUUGAAUUCAACAUACACACAAGAUGACCUAAAACCUAACAAUAAAGUCUUGAAUUCAACGUUUACGCAGGAAGACCCGAACAUUAAAUCUGUACAAAACCUGAAUGGUACUUUCACUUUAGAUGAUAAAACUGAAGAAAUUAAAGAAUUAGAGAAAAGUGCAAUAGUUAAUAAAGGUGAAAUCCUUGAUAAAGUUGCAAUGACAGAUUCUGGAAUCUCUAUGAGAGGUUCAAUGACAGAUUCUGCAAUUUCAGUUAAUUCUAAUAGAAAUUCCCUGGUUGAGUCAAGUGUUUCACUUAAAGGUUCUUUGAUGGAACCAGGUAUUCGACGGAGCAUGUUAGAUUCCGGUAUUGUUGUUCAAAGUGCUAUGUAUGAUUCAAAUUUGUCAAAUAAAAAUGAAAUAAGUCAAAAAGGUAUGGAAAGUGAUUAUGAAAAAGUAGAUGGAUCAGACGAAAGGGAGAAUAGGAGUAGUGUUGAAAGUGAUGUUACCGUGAAAAAUGAAAGUGUGGGUUUAGAAAAGGAAAUAAUUCAUAAAGAUAUGGAUGAUCGUAAGCUGAUUCGAGACCUCAGUGAUGGGCAUAACAGAAAGGAGAGACCUGUUUCCUUCCUGUCAACUACCAGUGCUGACACAGGCUAUGCACCUGAUACAGACUCUGAAAUUGGAACUUUGACCUUGAACUCUCCUCAGGAAUGGCUGGACAAGGGUUUCCAUGGGAACAUUCCUGAACACAGAGAAUCUGUACAGAAAAACUUGAUUGAGGAUUUCCAAGGAGAUCUGUCAAAGAUGGGUCCAGUUCCUGUAGAGUCAGACAGUGAUUUUGGUACUAUGACUGGGGAUACUGACAAUGAGGCUGAUAGAACUGAGUUAUUGAGAUCAGAAGGUGUGACUAUGGAUAACAUACAGGAGACUGAGGAAUCGGAAGAUGAAGUGACACAAGUGGAAGAUAUAAAGGCAUUAAACUCAACAGUAAUACUGGAAAAUAAACAGAAUGACACAUACACAGCUGAAGUUGGGGAUGAGGAGAAGUCUUCAGGACUUGAUUCCACAUUUACACUUCCUGAAUCUAACGCUGAUGACAAGUCCGAUGAUAAAAAUGACAGUGAAGAAAGUGUUCCUAUAGUUACUAUUACAAUUGAAGAUAAAGAUGGUGAAAAGAAAAAUGAACAGGAUAAAAAUGAUAAAAAGAAAGUUGAAAAACAGAAAACUCCAAAGAAAAAGAAAUUUAAUGUUGUUAAAGAUUUUAAGAAACCUAACACAACAAAUGUUGUAUCUAAAUUGUCAGAGUAUUUAAAAACUCCUGUUCCUGUUAAACCAAGGGAAGAUAAAAGUAAUACAGAAGAAUUUAAGAAUAAAAGAAACUCACUGAAAGGAAAAAUCGAUUUGUCAAAAGUUACAAGUAAAAUUGCAAACAGAAGUGUUAUUGAAGAGACAAAGAAAGUGAAUGGAGAAAUAGAAAAAAAAGAAGCAGAACCUUUGGUCGAAAAAGAACCUGUAAAGAAAAUAAAAAGAACUCCACCUAAAAGUAAAUGGGAUGCUAUAAUGUCACAAAUUGAUACUAAAAAGGAUUCAGAAAAAGCUAAACCAAAGACAGAAGUGAAGAGUAAAUUAGAAGCUUUUCUGCAUAUCCCCCCACCUACACCUCCAAAGAAAGAAGAACCUCCGAAACCGAAGAAAAAGAUUUCAACUGCUCUACCUGACUACAGCAAAGUUCAAAGCAAAUUGAAAUACACAGCUCCACCACCUAAACCGAAAGUAGAUGAGUCCCCUAAUAGAACAAGCACUGCUUCUCCAAAUAGAAAAAAGAAAGAUACACUUAAUAAAUCAGCAAGUGAAUCACAAAAAAAUAAACUUGAUACCUCAAAAAGUAGUUCACCAGGUAGAAUAAGUAAGGAUUCCUCACCUUCCAGAGAUAAAGAAAAUAUAGACAAAAACAGAAGAUCUAGUACCAGCCUUAUUAAGAAUGAUAGGGUAAGGAACCUGUCAGGAGAUUCUGUGAAAAGGCCAUUGAUAAAGGACAAGGCUGUUCACAUUGACCUUGCCGACUCCCUAGAUGGUAGAGGAAGUGUGACGGGGACUGGGUCUGUUCUCAGCUCGAGACAGAGUAGCAGAACAGAUAUGAGUACCACGGAAGACGAUGCCCCAACAUUGAAACAACUUCCCCAGAUUGAGCGGGCUAUGUCCUUACAGGACAGAAGGGAUAGUUCCAGUGCAUUUAGUGAAAUAUCGGAGUCUGGAUCCCAGGUAACGGCACAAGAAAUGGAGAUGAAGUUACAGAAAGCAGUAGCCAAUCAGCAGAGGAGAAAGAGUGGUCUCCUACCACCUUCAACUUCGCUAGAUAGCUCUAGUAGUGGUGAAGGUGGUGUGCACAGAGGCGGCCCCAAAAUUGUGAAGCCUGUCCUUCGGCAGCAGUCAAUGCCGUCGCCUCUGACCGUAUCUUCCUCAACUAAACGUUCUCUGUUUCCUAACAAAGCUUCCACGGAGAAGGCUGUCUCACGGCGGUCUCGCAACCAAAAUCGUAACAAGACAAGCAAAAGUAAGAAAGAAUCCAAAGAGAAGAAUAAGCCCCCGGAAACAGUCUUAGCAGAGGUUCAUACCAAGGAAGUACAGAGGCUUGAGGCCUUGUGCGAGUCAAGAACCAAACAACUCAACAUGGUCAAACUGCAGUUACAGACGAGUAAUCUUGCUUUCGAUGGGAUGUCUUGUAUUGUCAACUACCUCGCUCAUGAUCUUGAUGGUUUCUCAGCCCCAAGACUCGUUAAGGAGACAGAAAACCUUAAAGAAGAGAUUAACAAUGAGAAAACUCAAAUAACAGGCUUACAGGAACAAAAGUCCAAUCUGGAAGGAAUUAUUGCACAACUCAAGGAGCAGCAUAAGGACUAUGUAAAUAGUCUUGAAGCUGAGAAUGAAAAGUCACUGAAAUAUCAGAGAGAAACUUUAAUAAGUGAACACCAGGAUAUGAUCGGUGUCUUGAAGGAACAGAAAGCUGCUGAGAUUGGAGAGAUCAGAAAGACUCAUGAGGCUUAUAUAACCCGUUUGGAACACGAGCAUGCUGUUGCUGUGAAGAAAUUACAAGUACAACAUGGUGAAAGUAUCAAAGAUUUACAGAGAAAACAAGAAAACCAGAUGGAAGAGCAUCAUAAACAGCACCAGGACAAGUUAGAAGAAAUAACUGGAAGAUUUGACAGCAUUAAACUUACACUAUCAGAGAAGGUAGAGACGUUACGCAGUGAGUGUGAUAGAUUACGUGACAGAGCACAUUCCUGUGAGGAAGCCUUACAGAGAGAUUCAGACUUCAAAGUCCAGUGUGCCCUAGCCCCCUACAAGAAUCUACCUCAGGAGAUAGAGAGCCUUAAGACAGUACUUGAGAUGAGAAAUGAAGAAAUCAACAAACUACGCAACCAUAAUACGGAGCUUAAAAAGAAGCUUGAAGAGUUGCCUGUGGCCCAGGAGAAGAUUAUUGCCCUUCAACAGAAGAAGGAAAACCUGGAGGCCAUUAUCAGCAUGAAAACGGACCAUGAGAAAGUUCUUCACGAGAGAUGCCAAAACUUGAUGAGGAAGUAUGACAAGGAGUCUCGUGCCAAUAAGAGACUGUCAAUGGAGUAUGAAGAACUUAUGUGGAAACUUUCAGAAUCUUUCAGUGAAACAGAUUUGGGCUCCCAAGAGGCUCUUUUCUAUCAGAAGCUUGGGAUGUCUCCAACUGGUGGUGGGGAUUCUGUGGGUCCAUUAAGCUCUCCGGGGUUGGGUCGCAAGUUGCGCACACCACCGGGGUCGGAGAGUAGUCCGUCGAAAAGUCCUGGGUACAGAAGGACUCUGUCCUCUAGUGUUGAUGACCGUGAAGAGAAGAAGUUAAAGCGCAGAUCGGGUAAUUAUUUACUUGAUGAGAAGAAACACCGCCCAACUAGUCCUCUAGCUAAACAAAACCCGUUAACAAAGUCUUGGUCACCCAGUACCCAGUCAGAAUCACCAGUACGCACCAAAAAAGGACGUUCUGGAAAUAAAAUGUCACAGUCAUGGUGUGUAGAUAUGGACCCUUCAGAUAAUUCAUUAGAUUCUGAUAGUAAAAUCCCCCGUAGUCAUUCGAGUACAGACAAAGUUACCCGAAGAAGAGCAACUUCGGAAGGACCAGAAAAUAGUGACUCAGACAAAGCUUUUGUUUCGCUUGAUGAUUCUAACAGUUCACAGGGACUAAAUGAAUCAGAACUCUCAGAAAGUUUGAGAUCAAUUGGGAUUUCAGAAGGGGAAAACUUGCCAUCUUCCUCUACACCAAAAUCCGAGAGCAAAAACAUUAAAUUGCAAACAAGUUAUGUGUUCAAUGAUGAAAAUACAAAUAACCCGGUGUCAGAAAAACUUCCUUCAAAUGUUAGUGACUCGGUAAAAGUUCAAGUACCAUCAAACGUUAAAAAUGAAUUAAGUACAUCAGGACAAAGUGUGAGUUUGUCAACAGGGACUGUGUCUUGUCCUGUAUCAAAAUUGCCUACAAGAGUUGAAGAAAAACCGGGUAAAGAUGGUAAAUCUGCGAAGAGUCAUACGGAAACAACUGUGUGAAUAUACAUCACAAAUUUGUUGGCAGAAAAACUGACUAAUUGUAAUCCAAAGAUAUUUUUUUUUUGUUAGAAAACAAGGUAAAAUGUUCAAAAUGUAACAGUUGAUAAUAAAUCAUGGCCUAAUAUCUCUUAAAAGUGUUUACUUCUAAAAGUUGUAUUUUACAACAAAUAUGUAGCUAUGAAGGUAAUUGUUUUAUUUUUCAAUAAUGCAUCUUUUUCUGCAACAAAAAAUCGUUCCUGUCUGAAAAUACUGGAUUUUAUAAGAAAAAGAAUUUUAGGCUUAUUGUGGUUUAUGUAUCAUACCAGUAUCAAUAAGAAAGCAGUGAUGAAAAACAAGUAACAUUCCUUUUAAUUGUUUUGACUGUUGCAGAAGUGAAAAGGGCCCUAAUUGUACGUAAGGGAUGCAAAACUAAACAUGAAAGUUUUUCCUAAUUGGGACCAAUUUCUUUGUAUAUUAUAAUACUUCUUUUGCUGAUAAUUGAUCAGGUAUGCUGAAAUGUAUGCAAGAUAUGAUUUAUUUUGAUGCUGAAUUGUGUGUAUGAUGUGUAUUUUAAAUGGGCAUUUCCUGAAACUGAAACAGACUCCCAACUUAAAUGAACUAUUUAGUAAAUAUUUUUCAGUUAACUGAAAACUUGUAAAUGUUUGAAUAAUUUUGCCAGAUGAAGCAAGUGUAACAGUAUAUCACUUCAAACAGAUUGAACUUAAAAUAUGCAUGUAAAACAUUCUAAGAUUUUAAAAAAACGCCUGUAUUUGGUGAAAUGGACUGACUUCCAGUUUUUGUUGGAAUAACAUCAGUUUUGAAAUAGGAAGUCAAUCAUAUUGGAAAUGGUAUUUUAUGAAGUUGAAAAAGUUCAGACAAAUGUCUUCUGUGUAAAUUCUUUCUGUGUUACUGAAAGUUAAAAAGCUUUUCUAAAUAUUUUAUAAACUACCCAAAUGAUUUAUCCAUAACAUCUUUCUGUCUAGAACUCGAGGAAUCAAGUUUUUUACAUUUUCAUUAACAUCAUAAGAAAUGAAAGUUAUUUCUAAUUUUUUGAAAAGCAUGACAAGAGUCAGAAGUUGUGCCCCUUUAUGAGUGAGAAGUGGUGUAUGUUGCUGAAGUUUACUUGUAGUAAUUCUACGUGCCAAAUACAUCUUGUAAUGUCGUUGCUGUGUGUAUCAUUUGGAUCAUUUAUAUACAGACUUGUAAAAGAAAUUUUGAAAUUGCAAAAUACAUGAAUAUGUAGCCAUGAUUUUUUAAUGAAAUAUUAUGCUCCAGUGUAUUUUGUCCUAUUAUGAUUAGAGAAAUCCAGUCUACUUGUUGCAAUAUAUCAUUUAGAGCUUUACUCUUCACUGCCUUAGAAAACCUGUUUUGCUAGGGUAAUAGGGUUUUAUAUAUGUACAUUUGUCAUGUAAAAUGUACAUGACAGACCAUUUGAAUGUUUACCAAAUAAUUCCACUGUCUGUAAUAUAUAUUAUUGCCAAAUGAUGUAAUUAGAUACCUGCCUUCCUUAUGUUCUGUACUAAUGUAUGUUUGACCUUCAACCUUAUAAGGUCGGACAUGUAUUUGCAUAUGCAUUGAUUUGAUAUUCUUCAAUUUGAUAUUCCUAAAAAAAGAUAGAAGUUCCAUACUGACCUCAUUCUUUAUUUAUCCAAAGCAAAGAAAACCUUUUUU